UGUGUGUGUGUGUGUGUGUGUGUGUGUGUGUUUGGUGGCUAUUUGUCUUUAACCUCAGGUCACCCUGUUUGCUCGGCUGCGUCCCCUCCUUCUGGCUGAGAGGAGAGACGUCAACUGCAGCCGCAGCAGCGUUUUGUAAAAAGGCGCCGCGCUCCUCCCUGCUAAAAGUUACCGGCUUAAUUAUUGCAAAGCCCCGGGACCUGCUUUGCGGCGUAGGCCGGUCUCCCCUCCCCCCACUCUCCUGCCUCUCUCCAGGACACAGAUCAAAAGAGUAAAGAUCGGCCCCCAGCUCCACCGGUCGGAAGGGUCCUGUCCCUAGUGCCAGGGUUUCCCUCUCCACCCCCAGCGAGCGUGUGGUGCCCGCAGCGAGCAGGAAAGGAUGGGAUUCGCUGGCCAGAGCCCGUGCUAGACCCGAGCCAGCGAGCUGCCCGAGAGGGGACAGGACCGCAAAAGGCUCGUUCUCCGCUCGCCCUCGAUCCCAGCGCUGCCGGCGGACUGCCCCGCGGGCCCGCUCCGGGCAUGGAGGUGCAAGUCGGGCUUGGCAGCAUGUAUGCCCGGCCGGCGGGCAAGACGUUCCGGGGAGCGUUCCAGAGCCUGUUCCAGAGCGUCCGCGAGGUGUUCCAGAGCCCGGGCGCUGGCCCGCCGAGAGAGGAGCCGGGCCCCAGCCCCCAACCUUCCUCCUCCGCCCAGUGCCAAGCCGGUGCCCGCCUGCAGCAGCAGAGCCCCCGGCAGCAGCAGCCGGGCUCCCCCGCCUACCUGGCUCUGGAGGAGCAGCCCCAGGGCCAGUGCGCCCCGGCGGCCAAGGGGCUGCAGCCUGAGGACGGGGGCCCGGCUGUCACCCCCUCCUCGACCCUGUCCCUGAUGGGCUCCGCUUUCCAGGGCUGUUCCGGGGACCUCAAGGACAUCCUGGGCGAAGCGGGCGCCCUGCAGCUCCUGCAGCCGGAGGCCCAGGCCCGGGGCAGCCGCGGCGAGGUGGCUGGGGCCAAGGAGGACUUCCUGGGGGACAGCGCCAAGGAGCUGUGCAAAGCCGUGUCCGCCUCCAUGGGCCUGGGGGUGGAAGCGCUGGAGGCGCCCGGCGAGCUCCUGCUCCGGGAGGAUUGCAUGUUCGCCCUGCCCGGCGGGCACUCCCGGGCUGCAGCGGGCGCCCAGCUCCGGGACUGCAAGAACCCGGCGGGGGCUGCGCUCCUGGAAGAGUCGGGCACCAGCCCGGCCUCCUUCAAAGGGCACUCAGCCGCGGGCAGCGGCCCCGGGCCGGGCGAGAACGUCCUGGCCAUAGACGUGCCCCACAGCCUGUCCCUGUACAAGGGCUCCCCGGGCCUGGAGGAGCCCGCUGCUUUCCAGGGGCGCGAUUACUACAACUUCCAGCUGGCGCUCGCCCCCCACGCCCGCAUCAAGCUGGAGAACCCCCUGGACUACGGGCCCGGCACCUCCUGGGCUGCCCAGUGCAGGUACGGGGGGGACAUGGCCAGCCUGGCGCCCCAUUGCCCUGCCUCGGCCCCAGCCUGGCACUCCUUCUUCGCAGAGGAGGGGCAGCUCUACGGCCCAUGUGCAGAGGCAGCUGCUGGCCCUUUCGGCUGCGGGCGAAGCCAGGGGCCACCGGGGCAAGAAGUAAGCGACUUCCCAUCCGACGUGUGGUACCCAGGAGGGAUGGUGGGCAGGAUGCCCUAUGCUGCUGCCCCCGGUUGCAUCAAGAGCGAACUCACCCCUUGGAUGGAGGGCUAUGCCGGGACCUUUGGGGAAAUGCGGCUGGAGGCUGGCAGGGACCACGUUUUGCCCAUUGACUAUUACUUUCCACCGCAGAAGACUUGCCUGAUUUGCGGCGAUGAAGCUUCUGGGUGCCACUACGGAGCUCUCACCUGCGGCAGCUGCAAAGUCUUCUUCAAAAGGGCAGCUGAAGGUAAACAGAAAUACCUGUGUGCCAGCCGGAAUGACUGCACCAUCGAUAAAUUCAGAAGAAAAAACUGCCCUUCCUGUCGCCUGCGAAAGUGCUAUGAAGCAGGGAUGACCCUGGGAGCCCGCAAGCUGAAGAAACUGGGCAACCUGAAGCUGCAAGAGGAUGGUGAGGGAGCCAGCUCAUCCAGCCCAACAGAUGAGCAGGCCUCCAAGAUGGUGAUGACACGCAUCGAUGGGUUUGAGUGCCAGCCCAUUUUCCUCAACGUCCUGGAAGCCAUUGAGCCUGGUGUGGUGUGUGCAGGCCAUGACAACAACCAGCCUGACUCCUUUGCUGCUCUGCUGACCAGCCUGAAUGAGCUUGGGGAGAGGCAGCUGGUGCAUGUGGUGAAGUGGGCAAAGGCCUUGCCAGGAUUCCGUAACCUGCACGUGGAUGACCAAAUGGCACUAAUCCAGUAUUCCUGGAUGGGUCUUAUGAUUUUCGCCAUGGGAUGGAGAUCGUUCACCAAUGUUAACUCCAGGAUGCUUUACUUUGCUCCCGACUUGGUCUUCAAUGAGUACCGAAUGCACAAAUCCAGAAUGUACAGCCAGUGUAUCAGGAUGCGACAUCUUUCUCAGGAGUUUGGGUGGCUUCAAAUCACUCCCCAGGAGUUUCUCUGCAUGAAGGCUCUACUGCUCUUCAGUAUUAUUCCGGUGGACGGUCUGAAGAAUCAGAAGUUCUUUGAUGAACUUCGAAUGAACUACAUAAAGGAACUUGAUCGUAUCAUCUCUUGCAAGAGAAAGAAUCCCACAUCCUGCUCUCGGCGCUUCUACCAGCUCACCAAGCUCCUGGACUCCGUGCAGCCUAUUGCCAGGGAGCUACAUCAAUUUACAUUUGACCUUUUAAUUAAAUCGCACAUGGUCAGUGUGGACUACCCCGAAAUGAUGGCUGAGAUCAUCUCCGUCCAGGUUCCCAAGAUCUUGUCUGGGAAAGUCAAACCUAUCUACUUCCACAUGCAGUGAUGUCCCGGAGGGAAUCUCCUUCCCCUGCCACUCCCUUUCAGCCAUCUCCUGCCUGUUCUCUCUGCACUACUAUACUGCAGUGCCUUGGGGAGUCCCCUCUAAAGAUACUGUAUGCUGUGAAGAUGUACAGUGCCAAACGACAACCUACUGGGAUUCCUUUGAUUUCAAUUUUUUCUGGGGUACCUCUGAACUGAACUCCCCUUCACGGCUUCUGCGUAUGUCUGGAUGGCGCUGCAUCUCUAUAAAUGUUGUGGCAUGGUGACUUUGUGGCACUUGUUUACA